GAAAGGACGGCCACUGGCCGGUAUGGCCCACUAUAUAUACUCGCUGCAGCGUCCACCCUGGUCAUCAGUUCGCCAGCAGCCGCUGCAGCAACCACACGAAUCGACAUGAAGGUCCUGGCUAUCGUAGUCCUGGCUCUGGCCACCGUGGCGUUUGCUGAGGAGGAGAAGAAGCAGGAGAAGCGAGGCCUGCUGGGUCUGGGAUACGGAGGCUACGGAGGAUAUGGAGGCUACGGAGGCUACGGAGGCUACGGACACGGCCUGGCCCUGGCUGCCGCCCCCGCAGCCAUCGCCGCCCCCGCCAUCGCGCACGCCCCCGCAGUCACCGUCGCCGCCGCCCCCGCCAUUGCUCACGCCCCCGCAGUGGCUGUCGCUCCAGCUAUUGCCCACGCUCCCGCUGCCGUCUCAACUGUCUCACAGGUGAGCUAUGGCACCACCCACUACGCCCCCGCAGUGGCUAAGGUGGCUGCCGCCCCCGUCGCUGUGGCCGCCCCCGCCAUCGCAGCCGCCCCCGCCAUCGCAGCCGCCCCCGCUGUCGGCCUCGGCUACGGACACGGACUGAGCCUGGGAUAUGGCCACGGGCUGGGCUACGGAUACGGACAGGGUCUGGGAUACGGACGCGGUCUCGGUCUGGGAUACGCCGCCGCCGCCCCCGCAGUCAGCCUGGGAUACGGAGGAUACGGACACGGUCUGGGAUACGCCGCCGCCGCCCCCGCAGUCAGCCUGGGAUACGGAGGAUACGGACACGGUCUGAGCCUCGGCUACGGACACCAUUAGGGCCUCAAAGAGUGGAGACGACAUCGCCCCACAAUCACCACCGCCGACGUUCAUUGCCCAUCAUCACAGCACUCAACAUGGCCACACAUGUAUCACCUUCGAUACUCACUGUGCAUCACCCCAAAGUUAAUAAAAGUAUUAUUUUGAAUACACGUUAAA